CCCUGACAAUGUUAAGCCGGCCCUGUCUCCUUCUUGUCACUAAUUUGCAUAUCUCCUAUGUAUGUGAAUUGCUCUAAAAGUUUCAUGCUUGGAUCGUGCUAUAUUCCGCUAUAUUCUAGAUGCUGCUUCUUAAACAGAGCUCAGCUUCUGUUCUUGUCGCUGGGAAUCCAACUCCAUUCCUCCACACUCCUCGAUUCGCUUGCAGAGUUGGAUCUCUUCCAGUUACAACGUACUCCUCCCCGAGUUUCACCUUAGAGAAGCUUCCCACCUCUUCAUCUGGAAGGCUCACUCCGGUUCUAGCAUGUAGCUCUCACGAGGCUUCUCCUAUCAGUGAGAAUAAACCUGUCCAUGGAGUUUCUGAGAUCAUCGUGGGAGUAUUGAGAGGUUGACAGUUGGAUCGUAUGCUUUGCCAAUCUGCUUCUCAAAUGGCUGUCAAGGUUAUGAUUUUAGAUCCUUCGGAGAACUGCUCAGCAAGUUCGUUGGCCUACGGUCACAUGGUUGAUAGCUUUGACGACAGUGCUACUGUAGAAGAGUUUGCUAAAAGAUGUCGAGUCUUGACCCUUAAAAUUGAACAUGUUCACGUGGAAACAUUAGAGAAGCUUGAGAAAAAAGGAUUACAUUGCCAACCAAAAGCCUCUACAAUCAGGAUAAUACAGGAUAAAUACAUGCAAAAAGUUCAUUUCUCUCAGCAUGGCAUCCCACUUCCAUAGUUUAUGGAGAUAAACGAUAUUGAAGGAGCGGAAAGAGCAGGUGAACUUUUCGGUUACCCUCUUAUGAUCAAGAGCAAGCGAUUAGCUUAUGAUGGACGUGGAAAUGCAGUUGCCAAUAGCCAAGACGCUCUUUCUUCUGCUGUAACAGCUCUUGGAGGUUUCAGUCGUGGUUUAUACGUCGAGAAAUGGGAACCCUUUAUCAAGGAGUUAGCUGUUAUUGUGGCUAGGGGAAGAGAUGGUUCCAUGGUUUCUUACGCCGUUGUUGAAACUGUUCACAGGGAUAACAUAUGCCAUAUAGUUAAAGCACCUGCAGACGUGCCUUGGAAGUUCAACAAACUUGCCACUGAUGUCGCUCAAAAGGCUUUUGAUUCUUUAGAAGGCGCUGAGGUUUUCGCAGUCGAGCUCUUCUUGACAGAGGAUGGUCAGGCAGAGGAUGAGAAAACCUCCGAAGCACCGUCGUCUCUGAUUAUUACCUCACUUCCUGAAGAUGAUGUCUUCAUUGACAUCUUAGCUCGUGUACCAAGGCGUAGCCAUGUAACACUCUCCCUUGUUUCCAAGCACUUUGGGUCACUCGUUGCUUCGCCUGAUCUAUACUACGCAAGAAGAUCCUUGUUGGCCUGCACGGAGAACUGUCUCUACGUUGCCCUCUUUGACAUAAAUACCUCUUCUCUUUACCAUUGGUAUAUCCUCUGCCGAAAAGCCAACGGCAGCCACUGCUUGGUCCGUGCCCCCUCGACGAUUCCCUUUAUGUAUUACCCUGAAAGCUCUGUGGCAGUGGGUUCGAGGAUAUAUGUUUUUGGUGGGGUUACAAAUAUGACGACAAAUGCGUUUUGCAUGGAUUGUAGAUCCCACACGGUGACACCCCUACCAAGCAUCCCUGUUGCUAUGAUUUGCAAAUUCGUUGGCUUCAUCGACGGGAAAAUAUAUGUUAUUGGAUAUUUGUAUCAUGACGGCACAAAGAAUGUGAUGAUGGUGUUCGAUAUAGAAACACAAAAGUGGGAGCAUGCGAUGAUUAAGCCCGAGAUGGAGGAACCUUUCAGAAUAUGGUAUAAAGCUUGUGUGGUGAUGGCUGAUAAAAUAUACAUAAAGUAUAGGGGUAGAACCUAUGUGUACAAGCCAGUGGAAAGUAAAUGGGAAACAAACUAUAUGCUGAUGCUGAAUAAUUGUCCGCCUAGUGUGAGAAAUGCAAGUGUUGUUGAUGAUGUAUUGCUCUACCAUGAUCGGUCCACGUACACCUUAAGAGCGUAUGAUCCAAAUGAGAAGUAUUGGCGAGUGGUGGAAGGCUUGAAAGAAUUGUUGGCUAAGAUAUCAGAUUCACAGUGGUCACGUACUGUGAAUUACGGUGGGAAUAUGGCUUUGCUUUUCAGAAGAACAAGUAAGAUUUGGUGUGCGGAGAUUUCUCUAGAAAGACUUCAAGGAGGGCAAAUUUGGGGUAAAGUUGAGUGGUGCGAUCAUGUUCUAACUGGAAAUUUUGGAAUUAGGAAAUUUCUAGCUGUUGCGGUUUGAUGCAUGAAUUC